AUGAUGCCCCGACUCAUGACUGCACUGAUGAUGGCUGCUUUGUCAACAGAGGUCUACACCAUCAGCCUUUUGAAAUCCACCUACCACAGUGAAGAUCAGGAAGUCUUCAAAGCUCUCAGAGAUGUAAGCCAUGCAUCAGUACCACCAUCAGCAAAGAGUAUGGGGUACUUACCUGCUGACAAGUUCCAUUUAGCUGAUGGAAAGUUUCCCAGGGCAGGAUGGUGGAUCUCAAAGGUGGUCUUCCCUCGGACAAUUAAACAACGUCAAGAUGUGUCCUCAUACAACCUCAACUCCUUUGGUCUACGUUACGGAAAAUGA